AGCCUCUGCAUUCACCCCUUCGACAACUCUUGCCGUGCUGCCCCGCGUGCUCUCUUUGAGCACUACUACUCUUUCUACACACGCCAUCCCCGUCAACUUUCGCUUCUACAACGCCGAUUCCCCCAUCAAGACUGCUAUUUUCUCCCCGCACAGCGGAUGCGUGGGCACAUAUAGAUCGAAAUAAGAGGCUACACAUAUCGAGACGAAAACGUCCCCCCCACACAGCAUUCAUUUAGGACCAUUACGCUUUUAAAGCCUUUAUUGCGAAUUGAAGAUCGUACCAUAGUUUCAUAGAGGUCAUACGAAUCUGCAAAGAUGUCUCGUGAAUGCAAGCGAGUGAACAUGAACGGGUCCCAGGACCCUUAUUACAGGUACACGAUGCCUUGCAUCCAGGUGAAGGUUGAGGGCACGACCAAGAUGAUCAAGUCUGUGCUGAUCAACAUCGAGGACGUGUGCCGUGCCAUCGGUCGCCCUCCUGACUACCUCCUCACUUUCCUCGGCCAAGAGCUCAGUGCAAACAGCAAGAUUGAGAAGGACACUGGAAAGGCGUACGUCUCAGGAUCUUUUGAAGAAAGGAAGGUUCAAGAACUUGUCUUCAAGUUUAUUCGGGAGACUGUCACUUGCCAAAACUGCAAGAACCCUGAGACAACCUGCAACAUCGAGGGGAACAAGAAGAACAAAAUUCUUUUCCUCACGUGCAAGGGAUGUGGCGGCCGGACUGAUCUCGACCACACUGAUCGCUUCGUGAAGUACAUGAUCCUCCAUCCCCCUGAUGAUGCAAACUACGGACAUGCCAAGUCCGCAGCAGGGGCUGUCGGUGCUGCUCUCUCCGAGGCGACUGCGCUGGAUGAGGCUCAGAAGAAGAAGAAGAAGAGCAAGAGUGCGGAGGAAGACGAUGAAAAGGCUGAAAAGAAGAAGAAGAAGAAAAAGGACAAGGAAAAGGACAGCGAGGACGAAGGGGAUGAUGACGAGGACAAGAAGGAGAAGAAGAAGAAGAAGAAAAAAGACAAAGACGCCGAUGACGAAGAUUCGCCGACUGGAGAGGAAGAAGAAGGACAAGAAGAAGGAGGAAGAUGAAGACGACUGGGACAAUGACUGGGGCGAUGACACCUCAGAAGCUGCUGUAGCUGCUAGGCAGGCUGCCCUCAUGGGGUCCAAGAGCUCCGACCCCGACGCCAUCACAGCCAAGAUGGAAGGCCUCAUGGCGAAGAAGGCGGACGAGACCAAGGAAGAGGAUGCACCCGUUAACGGGGCUGGCUCAGGCUCUCCAGAUGAGGACGACGAAAGCGACGUCGACGUUGACGACAUCUAGACUAGACCCACCUAGCUCUUCUCUUCAGCAUCAGAUACAUGCUCCAUGGCUGAACUCGAUGCGUAUCGAGCUCUAGCUGAUCCUGCCCGUUGACAGAGAUUUUUUUGGGCAAUAUAUGCCUCUUUGAGCC